AUGGAAAGUUCCGAGGCGAGGAUAGAAAGUGAUACACCCGGAGAACCGUUGAUAGCACGCAACUCCGAAGACGCACAAGCCUCCGACCAACAUUCUAGAACAUUUCGCCAUCAUAACGGAUACAAAUCGAGGCAACAACAUCGAGGUUUCUUUUCGCAAAUCCGAGGCCUAGUGACCAACGCUGCCGAUAAUUCAUAUCAAUAUGUCUCGCCGGAAGAACAAUAUGAGCCCUCAUUUCGGGAUCAAAACCUGCAGCCGAGCCCGCGGCCCUUGAAAUGGAUCUUGCAAACGGUCGCUUCAAACAUGAAACUGGUUCUAUCGCUGACGAUAGUCCCCGUCGCGCUGGUUAUCGGCGUCAUGAAAAUCCACCCUGCUGCGGCGUUUUCUCUCAAUUUGGCAGCUGUUAUUCCUCUAUCCGUAGCCUUGACAAUAGCUACCGAAUCUUUGGCGCGCGACUUGGGACCUACUGCCGGUGCGUUGCUGAAUAUCAGCUGCGGUAAUCUGGCCGAGAUCAUCAUCUUGACUGCCCUAUCAGAGGGACACGUGCGCAUUGUCCAGGCAUCUCUUCUUGGAUCGCUUCUGGUCAAUCUACUCUUGGUCCUCGGACUCUCGCUGGUCGUAGCCGGCCUGGCUUAUAAGGAGCAAACUUACGACGACACAUCAGCUCAAUUAUUCAUCGGCCAAUUAAAUUUGACCGUCUUCAGUUUUAUCCUGCCUACUGCAUUCUACGGUGCUAUGAGCAAGGUCCAUGAUGCCGAUAACGCGUCGCUUGCCUUUAGUCGCGCAGUCUCUGUGAUUUUGUUGAUCGUUUAUGGGUUUUAUUUGGUUAUGCAUUUAAAAUCCCAUGACUCCCGGCCCGAUGAUCUCCUAGAGAAAGGCGGAAAUGACCAAGAUGGGCUAGAACGGGCAUCUGAAGAUGGAGUCGAGCUACCGUCCCUAUCCCGGUCCGGCCACCGCGUGAGAUGGAAAUCGAACAGUUACAGCGGCCCUGCGCCCUUCGACUACCGUCAAAUGCUUGUUAAGCCGGCAGCAUCGCCCUUUUCUCAUGUCCGGCAUAGUUUUGACCACGACCGUCAAUGGGCACCCAAUGCUAGCUACACGAAUGAUAACUUGGAUAAUAAUAGCAAUGAAGACGGAGAACAACUACCAGUUCACUCAUCAUCAUGGUUGAGCCGCUCCUGCGCAAUCGCAGUUCUAUGCGCUUCUACCUUUGUUAUCGGAAUAUGUGCGGACACAGUGGUAGCAAGCUUUCGCACACUGAACGAGCGUGGCACGUUGCGAGAGUCAUUUGUCGGCCUGAUCAUUUUACCGGUUGCAGGAAAUAUCGCAGAAGUCAUCACUUCGGCCAUGGUAGCUUCAAAAGGCGAGAUCGACCUCGCUAUUAAUGUUGCUGUUGGAUCCGCUAUUCAGAUCGGUGUACUGGUCACUCCUCUCACAGUGCUUGCUGGGUGGGCCAUGCGAAAGGAUAUGAGCCUUCAUUUCAAUGGCUUUGAGACAGUGGCGAUUGUUGCGGCUUCCUUGAUGGUGAGUUUCCUGCUUGUAAGAGGCAAAGCGAAUCAUUUUGAGGGAGUCGUCUUGAUCGCUGCCUAUGCGGCAGUAUCAAUCGGAGCGUUGCUGCUGCCAGACUCGCCAUGA